AUGAUGGCAUUUCGUCUACUAUCUACAGUACAUCCACCUGGGGGAAACGAAGAUGUGUUUCUUGCAAUCAACAAAAAUAAAACACGUGUUCCCGACGACAAGGCGAACUGCUUGGUUUUUCUAUCAGCCAUGACAAAUGUGACAGAGUAUAAACUUGAUCCAGUGUACGACUACGACUGGAUCGUCGCUGUGAAAUUAGCAGGAGGUGACUUCAGUGGACUUGUCGAUAAAAAGCGAGGAACUGUUGUCGAGGUCUCUGAGCCAUUUUAUGACGAAGAAAACAAAAAUGCAAAUAUUAUUUACAAUGCCAUAAGGAAAGGAUUUCAGUCGUAA